AUGGCGUCCGCAGCCAAACCAACAAAGAAUCAACUACGGCGAGCGAAGAAGAAGGUGCAGAAACAGCAGUCGACAGCACAGCCCCAGCCGGAGCCCACGACACAGGAUACCGCCCCGGAACCAACGAGUACAAGAACCGAGAAGAACGUGAAAUCAGAAGAUGAGCGCAAUGGCGACGCACUUACAGACCCUCUCAUUGUGGAUGAGGGGAAUCCACUUUAUGACAUGUACAAGGACAUCAUGGGAAAGUUCGAGGAACUCGACAAGGAAGACCCCUCGUUGAAAGAGCCCGAAAAGCCUGAAGUCUACUUCGAUGACGACGACGAUAUCCCCGACGAAGAGGAAGAGAAUGCGGCGCCAAAGCUCUCAAAAAAGAAGCGGAAGGAGAUGUCCCAGCUGUCUGUGGCAGAAUUGAAAGCACUUGUGAACAAGCCCGAAAUGGUCGAAUGGACAGAUACAUCUGCGCCGGAUCCGAAGUUACUGGUCCACCUGAAAUCAUAUCGCAAUGUUGUUCCCGUCCCGACCCAUUGGGCGUUGAAGAGAGAAUAUCUGUCAUCGAAACGAGGUAUCGAAAAGCCACCUUUUGCGCUCCCAAAAUUUAUUCAAGAGACUGGCAUUGCGGAAAUGAGAGAUGCCACGUUGGAAAAGCAAGAUCAGCAGACAAUGAAGCAAAAACAGCGGGAACGCGUGCAGGGCAAGACUGGCAAGCUCGACAUAGACUACCAGAAACUAUACGAAGCUUUCUUUCGCUUUCAGACGAAACCAGAGUUGACAAGAUAUGGAGAGGUGUACUAUGAGGGCAAGGAAUUCGAGACCAACCUGCGCCACCUACGACCUGGUGAAAUAUCCGACGAACUGAAAGAAGCACUUAACAUGCCAGCCGGCGCCCCUCCCCCCUGGCUCAUCAAUCAACAGAGAUACGGUCCACCUCCAUCAUAUCCUGCGCUCAAAGUGCCUGGUGUAAACGCGCCUCCGCCUCCCGGGGCAAGUUGGGGAUUUGCGCCUGGCCAAUGGGGCAAGCCUCCGGUGGACGAAGCAACGAACAGACCAUUGUACGGUGGCGAUAUUUUUGGUGUAUUGCAGCAACAGCAGAACACGCAGCAAGGCGAGCCUGUGGAGAGGGAGUUAUGGGGCGAGCUUCAACCGCCUGAAGAGUCCGAAGAUGAGGAGGAGGAAGACGAAGACGAAGAAGAGGAGCAAGAUGGAGAAGAGGGCGGAGCUGGUCUGCAGUCCACGACAGGUCUCGAGACGCCCAGUGGCAUGGCUUCAUCUGUUCCUACCGAGAUUGGAGGGACGGAGACAGUAUCAGAAUUCGAUCUCAGGAAACGGCGCGGCACGGACACAGAAGACUCAUCACAUCCGAGAUCGGCUUACCAGGUAAUUCCUGAACGGCAAGCGCGUGUCGAGGGCUUCUUUGGUGGCGAUCGUGUAUACGACCUUAAAUCGGCUCAAGCUCAAGGCAAUCUUCCGAUUCUCGGACAAGAAGAGACACGAAAACGAAAGAAGCCUGGUGAUGUGGAUGUGUCGAUGGAUCCGGAUGCACUGGCGGCUCAUGAUGGCAUGGACAAGGAAGAUCUACAACGAGCAUACGAUCAGCAACGGAAAGCCGAGCAAAAUCCCGAGUGGGAUUUCCAGGAAGACUUGUCCGAGAUGAUAGCGACAGAACAUAGGAAGAGACAAAAGAGGGAUGAAGACAGGAGAAAUGGUCCUUUCUCACUGCUCCUCAUGGACCGCUACCGGGGACCGCGACGAUCACCUCCACCUCGAGACAGACCUCACCGGGAAAGAGACGACCACCCAAAUGUCGAGUAUUUCGGAGAAGGUGAAAGCUACCGACCUGGUGGCCAGACCGGCGACGGUCCUUAUAGACCAUUGAACCGAGAUCGAGUAGGCGCAGAUUCAUGGUCGGGAGAGAGAAGAGACGGACGACGAGAUGAGCGAAGAGAAGACAUAGACUCAUACAUCCCCGUCACAAGCACACGAGCCUCCAGACCACGAAGCCGCUCUCCACCUCCUCCCUACCGACGAAGAUCCCGCUCACGCACGCCACCGAUCCGAGGCAGAGAAGACUUAUUUGCAAACAGAAGAUCACCUCCACGUCGUUACUCUCCACGAAGAUCCCCUCCACGAAGAAGAUCCAGAUCAGCAUUUGGCGCAAGACCUCGAAGUCCACCCGACGCGAAGAGAUUCCGAGACUACUCCCCUGAACCGUCGAAGCGAUCACCCAAACGAGAACGCAGAAUAUCUCCAGACAGAAAUCGCUUUGACCGACGCUCACCGCCGAGGCGAGGCUUCUCACCCGACCGAGACGUUGCAAGAGGUGGAGAGAGCUACCGACCAAGAUCGAGAUCACCUCCGCGGCGCCGACCAGGAGAAGACAGCUGGCGAAGACGGUCACCCUCACCAAGGACUUCCGGACCUGCGUCGAAUGACACCUCCCGAAGAUCGUCACCUCCUAUUCAUCCUGAUAGAGCAAGUCUAGCAGGAUCACUUCCCAGAUCGCCAGCAUACCCUCCCAGAAGUCAGUAUGACAAGGCAGACUCCACAAACUAUCGAGACAGAUCUGUCGACGGAGGACAACCAAGAGAUGUGAGCACACCCCACGACGACGUUCGUUCGAAUGGCGAGCCGCCUCAACCACCAUCUGGUCCUAGUAGCUACCGCAAUGGUGAAUACAGCCGUCCACCACCGACCGGUCCAUCGCGCAGUUUCAGCCAACCUCAGCACUCGCCGCCCACUGGUCCCGCGUUGUUAGUGUCAGCGCACAGUCGCGGGGGCGGCGGUCGUAAUGCUCCAACAGGACCUCGCGGCGCCAGUGGCCGGUUCGACACCCCUUCUCGCGAAUUCACCAGUCCACCUAUGCGUGGCCGUGGUAGUCUAACGUAUCGUGGCGGUCCACCUCCGUUCGGCCCUAGAGGAGGCGGGUACGGUCGUGGAGACUUCGGCGGCGGCAGAGGCGACUACGGUAGCAGUCGAGGAGAUUUUGGAGGAGGGAGUUUCCGAGGCGGAUUCGGACGAGGGGAAUCCUCAUUUGCUUUCCGUGGGAACAGCAGCAGCAGCGCGACUUAUCCUCGCACUCAGCGCUUCAACACCGUCCAACAACACCUCACUACGAGCGAGAAGAUCGUGCCUGGAGGGAAACUUCUUCCUUUCGGACUCCCACCGGACCAGGACAAACGGAUCAAGAUGCUCGAAGCCGAAGCCGAGCGAAUGCGCACGGAGAUCGCGGAGAAGCAGAAAUCGAAACGUGAGAUAUUGAAUGAGUGGGAGACGCGAGAGCGAGAGAGUGAGAGAGAGUCGCUUCGCAGCGAACUUGCGGAUGCGCAUUUACAGCAGCUGAUGGAAGGAGAUGAUGGCAUUGGUCGGGCGGCGUUCUAG